AUGCCAUCCUCGACCUACUUCCCUCCCCCACCCCGCCCACGCGCAUCCUCCUCGUCGAGUUCCAUCCCGCGAUCAGCAGCUUCGGGAUCAUCUUCUCGCGCUCCACUUAGGUCAGCGGGAGUAGGUCAUAUGGAUGAAGAGCUAGAGGACGAGUGGGACUCUCGAUAUUCGGGCUUCCUCAAUGCCCCUCAGGCGAAGGGGACGCCGCGGAGGAGUAAAGGGAGGAAGAAGCGGGAUGAGCCUAUGAAGCCUACGACUGUGAUACUCUACGUCGUCGUCUUUUACAUCAUCUGGCAAAUCCUGACCCGAUCAACCGAUACCGAAAUCCUAUCCCACCUCGCCCCUUCCUCGCCACAUCACUACCACGCCUCCUCGCACCUUCCCGAAUCCGGUCAGAGCCAGACACCUUACCACAUACCAUACGGUUUCCCGCACCUCCCGUCUCCCCUCCCCGCCCAAUCCUCUUCCAACGGCAACCCCGAUUCGUCCAAAUCACCCAGCACGACCCGCUGGAUCCUCGGCUACCUCUUCUACCCAUUCUACCUCCUCCUGCUUCCCAUUAUGAACAUCGUCUCGCUCGUCCUCUACAUACUCGCGAUCCUCCUAUUUCCCCUGACGUCGACCGGCCAGAUCCUGCUGCGGAUAUUCGUGGUGACGCCGUAUACGUGGGCGAGGGCGGUCGGGGCCGCAGUGUACCCGGUGUAUGUCUUUGUAGGGGGAAUGGUGGGUGUGGGGUGCGUCAUGGGACUGGGAGCGGGAUGGGCGGGGAGGAAGUGUUUGGAUUGGGCAGUAGGGGGACGAUCGGCUGGAGACGACAGCAAAGAGAGCCGCGGCUACGGCGUGUCGUCUGGAUCAAAGGCGGCGUCAAAGGCGAAAGACUUCAUCGAUGAGAGCGGAUACCGUACUUCCCGGCACUCGGAUCUCCAGUAUCGCUCACAGCGCAUGUCGUCCACCGGCAGCAGCAAUAGCAAGGCGCGCCGACAAUCCUCGGCGAGCUCAAAUGAGUCGGUCCCGCCUGGGCUCCCACGGACACCCACGAGAAACAGAGAAUACCUCAUGAUGGCGCCGACGCUUUAUCCGCAGGAUAGCGGGGAAAGGGAAGGAAAGGACGGCGGCGUCGGCGACGUCAGCAAGGGAGGGCCAGGUGGUCGGUACGCGAAGGCGGACGGUGCGCUAUGA